GACAAUGAAUGGAUCUUCCCUCAAGCGUUGCCAUGGUCACUUAUUAACGCUGUCACACAGAUUGUAGUUUUUUUAUCCCGGUGCAAAAAGAUACGUUUUUCCCAAGAGUUGAUGACCCCGACCGACCUUCUCAUCCAAGGAUCCAACAGCAGCGCUUCAAGCAACAAAAAGACGUUUGUAAAGGUUUAAGAAGGCCUUCCUGCACUUAUAGGUUUGCUGAAUAGUUUGGCUGCGAGACUUCAUCUACUGUUUGAAGCAGGCCUCACCGCGCUGCCGCAUCGACGCCAUCACUCGCCACACGCUGAAGCUCACCUGGUGCUUCCUCGGCUGACCUGCGCUGACCUCCCGCCCAGGAGCGGUGGUGGUGGUGGCGGUGGGCAGCAGGCUCUCAGUCCCCAGCUGCGGCGGCUGGAGCAACACCAGAAGCAGCUGCUGGAGCUGCAGCAGCGCAGGGAGCAGCAGAGCAGACCGCUGGAGGGCGCCGAGCAGGAGCGGAAGAAGCGUGAGGAGGAGGAGCAGAGGAGGAAGAAGGACGAGGCGGAGGAGGAGAUUAAGCGGAACAAGGAAGAUGAGACUGAGAGGAGGGAGCUUGAGUUGCAGCUGCAGCAGCAACAAGAAGAACUGAAGCAAAGGCAACAGAUCAUGCAGUGGCAACAAGAACUGGAGCAGUCGUCUAAAAGUCCGACUGUAGUGUUGUCGCCGUCCUCAGGUCUGUGCACCAUCUAUGAAGCUCUGGAGAACAGCGAUGAUGAAGGCCGUGAGGGUGAGCUGAAACGGGAAGAGAGCGUGGAGGAGAACAUUGACUGUGAAAGACGGCUGACACCACACGGAGAUGACUCGUCUCAAAAGGUCAACGGAGACCAUUUGUCGCCUUUCCCGCCCGACUCCCCCGAGCGCCCGCCCCCGCUGGACCUGGACUGGGGCAAGAAAGUGGACAUCGUGCAGCAGCUGAUCAAUCAGACCUUGCUGCUGAACGGAGACGGCUGUUCGUCCCUGCUGCUGUUGCCGGGCGGCGCCGGGGGCACCCUGAGCCCCCUGGAGAGCAGCCUGUGGCCCAGCCUCCUGCCUCCCAUCACCCCGCCCUCGGCCACAGUCACCUCUGUGAGUAGCUUCUCCCCAGAAACCGCUGGCAGCUCCCCGCAGGGCGAGUGGACCGUGGUGGAGCUGGAGACGCAUCACUAGCAGGCGGUCCUCACAGAUCCACAAAUGCGGUGCUGUAGACUUUAGGACAAAUCAUGAAAGCUCUAAUGUAACAUCGACCACAACAUUAGGUACACCUGCACAAUCCCAGGUCCAACAAGGGAUUUGAUCUGAUCAGGUAGUAAUGGAAACACAAUCUCUUGUGGGGUGAAACUCGAAACAUUUAAACGUACAGACAAUGUUUGCAAACAAUGUGAACUGCUUGUCAUACAAGUGUAAAAAUAAGUUAACCACUGGCCAUUGUAAGACAUAAAAACUAAUGAAAUGUCAACGUAGGCACAAAUUGGAAGGGAUUUGUCAUAGAAGUGCCUCACAUUUGUCAUACAAGUAAAUUGUUUGAUUUUUAUUAAUAUUUAUUAAUGAUUAAAGCACAAAUAGGAGAUUUGUGUCAUUCUGAGUUUUAAAUAGCACAUCGUGAUGUAACUAGUAAUGGGUAAAUGACGCCUCAGUGAGUGUGCGGCCCACUUACUGGCUGUACUGACGCGGCACUGAUACGGUGUUGCUGUUUCAUAAUGGCACUAUCUGUUGUAUAAAAAUAAUACAAUUAAUAGUAACAAAUAUAUAUUUAUGAGAAUAAGUGUGAAGAAAGAUAUAGGAAAUGUGCAACUCUGGUCAACAACCCAAAUCGUAAAGAGGAAAAUAACAUUCAUCUUUAUUGGGCACUAUAAGAUCCCUUACAAUUUUUCCUUUUUUUCCCAGUAACGCCAUAAAUUGAUGCCAAACACGUAGCGUCACCCCGCCAACCUCUUUUAGUACAAGCUGUCACUUGUGAGCCGAAAGAAGCGCUUCCCGAUAAACAGUUUGAUGCGUCACAGUUGUAUCGGUCACAUGACCCACAGAUCGAGGGACACGGUAUCAUUCCUAGUCUUUCAUAGCGAAUCAGUGCUUUAGUAUGUUUGACCCAUCACUAGCCAUAACUUAAAACAACGUACAAAAAAUACACAUUAGUUUUGUGUGUUAGCGAUUGGUGACACUUACUGAGCUACACAUUUCUUCAAAAUCAUGAAUGAUAUGAAGACCACUUGUAUCCCUGCCAGCAACAAAAUGUAUCUUUGUGUAUUGGAUCUCAAUCAAAUUGUGCAGGAGUACCUAAUCUUGUGGCCUGUGAGUGGACUUGACUACAAGAAGUGAUCUUAAAUCAGGUGAACACAUCCCUUUAUGUCACGGAACACACAAAUGGAAUCAUGUAGUCUGUCAUCAACUAUUUGAAGUGAGUACUAGUCAAUACACUGGAGCUACUACUGUCAUUUUAUUUUACAACAAACUCCCCUUCACCAAAGGUUGGUAUGAUAGUGUGUAUAUAAUGAAGUAUUUCAGUCAGGCACUGAUUAGUUUUUAACUUGCUUAUUUGUGUCCGUCUACUUUCUGUAUGUUUAGGAGUGGAAUGCUGCUAAGCGUGUCGUCCACCCAGAAUGUGCCGACGUUGUUCAUGGAGUUCCUUGCUAUUUUCAUACAAAAGUUAGUAGGAACUGUUGCCGUUUUUGUUUGGCUUAUGCAAUUAUUACUUAACUCAACUGUGAUUGGCUGUACGCGUUUACUCACAGUUGACCAAAAAGAGGACAAGUAGUAUAAAAAAUGAGUAUUUAGGAUAGUCAUCUCACUAAAGUUUAGAACACACAGAUCUAAAAUGAAGGUGAAUUUGUUUCCCACCACGUUUUUUUAACGUUGCAUAUUUUUGCUGAUCAUUUUGCGACAUUUCUAUUUUUGUCAUAGAGUGAAGCCGCAAAAAGUAUUGUUUGUUUUUAAACAUAUUCUGUGUGUUAAUGGCUUAAAUUUAACCAUUUUUAAGCAUAAAAAUGGCCAAAUGAACCUAAAAGUUUUAAUACAACAGGAGUAUUGGCCACUAGAUGAGUCCAAAUCAAUCAAAGCAUGCUGUUCAGUAUCGUGGCCAGAGAUUCGCUUAGCCUCAGGCAGCGUUACUACGAUGCAGAACUGUUCAUUGGCAAGUUCAGUAAAAAAAAAAUUAAAAAAAACUUGGAAAAGACUAACAUUUUUGCAGUACAUGUCUACAAACAGCAGGGUGCUCCUGGUCAAUUAAAUAGUUUUUUUUUUCCCAAAAAAUGUAACUGACAAAAUAAUCGAAUGUCCACUGCAAAGGACGAGGGCUUUUUGGUAUAUACAAAAUAUUGCUAGUGAAUCAAGAAGUUCUUAGGUUUCUGGAAACGUGGCUUCCAAAACAAUGUGGUUGUAUAUCCCUGCUAUAUUGGAUUUCUAGUGUAAAGCUGACUUAAGGGUAUUAUUUCAUCUCUACAGGGCUCUGUGUUUUUUAUGCUUUAGCUAUGAAAAUAUUCGAUUUAUAAUUCCUACUUUGUGGAAAUUCAUUAACCACGCUCAGGCCAGGAACUAAUUAAAGUUGUUAUAAAAAGUAAAGGUUUUUACAUUAAAAAAAAAUUAUAUAUAUAUAUAUCAUUCUGAUAUUUAUAUCAGAAUUGUAUGAGUGAAGUUAUAAAAGAUAAUGAGAAAAAGGUGAGAAAGUCACAAGAAAAUUAUUCUUAAUUUUAUCGUGAUAAAGUUGUAGACCUGCCAAAAACUCUAAUCGACUGUUUAGCUUGUUGGCAUCCCACGUCGUGAGCCAACGAUGGGAAUUAAAGGAACAAGGGUGGAGUGUUAUUGCAGCUGGAACCUAUCGAUGCCUUACAACAGUCAUUUUUACUGCAAAUGUUAAUCCAAAAUCAAAGGUGUUGUCUGAAGUGGGCUGUUCGCCCUCUGAAAAUAUUGACACACCCAGGAAAUACAAUUCUACCAGCUUUUACAGUCUGCUAGGGUAGAUGUGAUUUUUUUUUGUGUGUGCACGUCUCGCUAGGCAAAGGCGUUUGAGGGUUUAGCAUAUAGCGUACGCUGGUACCUCAACACAGGAAACGGAACUUAAAACUGAAACAAUGUUGACCUGCAAAGCAGUGAAAAGUCUGAACGUACUCAAUAGUCAAAAUGUGUUCACGUUGGCAGCUGUGAUUUAGUAAUAUGUCCUUUUUGAGUAAAACUGAAUCCGUGUUUUUGAAAGUUUACAGCUCUGUUAAUCACACACUAUUUUGAUUACUUUUCUCUCUAAAAAGUAUAAACACAGGUAGUAUGAAAAAAUCUACUUUUGUUUUUCUGAUCAAAUUAUGACUUUUGCACAAAUGUAAAACUUUUUCCUGUAAUUUUGCUAUUGAGCCCUUUUUAAAAUAGGGCUUGUUUGACUUAAGUUGAAGUCUGUAAUCUGCUGAGUAUCGUUCUUUCCGUCUGUGUUAUUUGUCUGCUGUUUGAGUCCGUGCUGGUGAACCUUGUCCUUCUAAGAGUAAGAGGAUGAAGAGGGCCUCUUAUUGUUAAGAGUUAGAGGGAUUUUCUCAGGUGUUUUGUUUUUCUGCCACAAUGUUGAAACACUAAAUAUGUAACAAACUAUUAAUGUCCAGUAGUAGCCAACCGCAAUGUAGCCCGUCUGACAUCCUCCCAAAUUUUUCACACAAUCCAGCAGUGAUGAUUUUAAAAAAGAAAAAAGUGUAGCUGCUCUGUCUAGUGGGUGAAUUCCUGUAGUUACGGUCAUUAAAUUCAUCCAAAUUUUU